AUGGCGCAGCGCGGCGGCCGUCAGCGCGUGAAGCUGUCGUGGCAGGAGGCUCUAGGGCCUCAGGACCCAGCGCCCAGCCAGGACAAGAAGCCCAGCCCCAAGCCCAAGGGCAAGAAAGCCGACGCAAAGCCCAAGCCGAAGCGUAAGAAGCGGCACCCGAACGACGUGAGGACGGAGCAGGACAUGGACGCCAUCGCCGGCUUCGACGACAGCUCCGACGACGAGCUGGACGCCGAGAUCGACACCUUCGGCGGCGCGGGCUUCGUGCUCGUGGACCUGGAGAGCGAGAUGGAGGAGCUGGCGCUCGUGGCCACUGAGGAAGGGUUCGCCAGCGUGCGCGUGGGCUCCAAGCAGCAGCAGCAGAAGAAGAAAAACACUGACAAUGCUAAAAAGAAGAAGAACGAG